CAUACUGAGAGACACGUGCAUCAACUAGCCUGUCACCAUGACAAUAAUAAACCAAAACAUCGUUUUUUUUAUUAUGCGAACAUUCCGCGUGCGUGUGCGACGUAUCAUCCAAACAGUCCUACUCCAAACGACAGUUGUUGAAUAGACCAAAGGAUCAAUCAAUACCCGCAGCCGUGCGCGCUGAAGCAUAUUUCCAGUUGCUCGUUUGCUCUUCAAGUGUCCUUCGUUGGAUUAUCGACGAGCUUAUCAGCAGAUAUCGGAACGAGUUCGCAACAUUGCAUCGUGAAGCAUUGCAACUAUGAAGCAUCAACAAGUGGUUCCGGACUAUGCGGCUAUGGUGAAAACGUCCGGCACGUGCCUGUGUUUGGUGUUUUCCGGCUGGGUGUUAUUUAAGCUAGUGCAAGCGGUUUUCUGGCUUCCGGGCUAUCUGGAGAAAAAUCAGGAACAGUUGUAUCGUCGAGUUGAGCAGCGAUCGGGAAUUGUGCCCGAUGAUAAAGUGAAAAAUGUAGACAACAAACUUAACCUUUGUGAGCAGACGCCGGAAAGUGCUGAGUCGGAGUUACAGGAAGAAAGUGUAGAAAAAGAUACAAUUAUGGAAGAGAAAGGAGAAAAUGAUGCGGUCGAGUGUGAAGCCGAUAACAAAAAGGACAAAUAAUUUCGUUCUCGUUUUGGGUAUAUAAACUUUAGCCACCAAAAUUAUCUAAUUAAUAGCAAUACAUCUCCAGAUAAAGAAAUUCUACCUUACAGAAUAUAAUAUUUUCGCACAGCUUACAUUUUGUCAGAUGUUUGAUUUUAUUUCAUUGUAAGUUUGUAAUUCUCCUCUUUAUAAUGAUGCAAGCCGUUUUUUCCCUAGUUUGCUUCGCCGUACAACGGUGCUGUUUCAUUUUUCUUAAUUAAAGGGGAUUGUGGGAUUACAUAAGGAAAACAGGAUAGAAGAACAAAAAUGGUUACACUUAGAACAAUGAAAAAAAAAAGAAAAGAAAGUUCGUUCGACAUUUUAUCAUUCGUUACAAGUCCUUUUACAUGGUUUAGUAAAAGUAAGAUUAGCAGUAUAAACGCACAGCAACACACACGCGGCACAUGCAUAAUAUGAACCUGCGUUAGCGGUUACUUAAAGGAUCACUCACAUUGGUCUGGUAGCAAGCGAAGCGAAACAGUAUAAUGCAUUCCCUGGUUUGAAAAUAACAUACAAAACAACAAUUUGGUGCCAUUGGAAAUAGUGAAGCCAAAACAGGACAGGAUUGAAUUGUGUAGCUUGUUUUGUUAGCAGCUUUUUUCCGUUGCUCAUUAUAAAAAAAACGACUUACUCAAAGCAUCAUCCCGAUUACUUAUUCUAUUGGUAAAACCGUACAAACAAUCCAAACCAAAAAAACGUUCCAGCUAUAAAGCUUUCAAUUCAAAUCCAGGUGCGAUAUGUACGCUUGCGGCGUAUGUGUGGUGUUUGUUGCGUGUUUGCACAUGAGGCCUUUCCGCGCAUUGUUUGCUGUUUGAAAAUGACUUUCCUAUACACAAUGAACUUAAUACUGCAUUACAGACAGCAUUUUUCUGUUCUAUAUCUUUUACCAUUAGUUUCAUCAUGAUUUUCACCAAUUAAGUUGGUUCCUGGGCAAUUGUUUUUUUUUAUUAACGCAACUGUACACAUUUAGUUAUAUAAAAAAAACCAUCCUCCUCAAUUAUACCGUACUACGUAAGCAAAAUAAAGGAUUAAAGGAUCGAAUGGUUAUGCUAAGCAAUGAUUUCUAUCUGCGUGUGAUAGCGUAGGAAGCUGCAAUGCACAUGAUCGUUUUGCUCGCAGCUCGGUGAUAUUUUAAACUUCGCUAAAUAUAAGGAUUUUUUGUUUAGCAAAAGCUUACCUAUGUUUCCUGCAACAUGUUUGUAUGUGGUGUAACCGUGUUCUUAUGUUUUCGUUUUGGCACAUAACUGCUGUCAUUCGUUUUGGUUUGAUACAAUACAGUGGAACUCUUCCUCUUUAAAACAGAAAAACGGAUUCAAAACGGUGUUGGAAGAAGAACGAAAUAAACAUAAUUUCCCACACAAAAAAAAAA